CCCAAGGCCGUGGAAGAACAACUGAAAACACACGGCAGAAGAAAAGAAAAGAGAGGUGAAGGAAGGAAGCAAAAAGGAUUUGAAGUCAUGGCGGAUCAAAGCCAAAGCGAAGCGGGAAGGCACCAGGAGGUCGGCCACAAGAGCCUUUUGCAGAGUGAUGCUCUCUAUCAGUACAUUCUAGAGACCAGUGUCUAUCCAAGAGAACCCGAACCCAUGAAGGAGCUCAGAGAAAUCACAGCCAAACACCCUUGGAACAUCAUGACAACCUCAGCAGACGAGGGGCAAUUCUUGAACAUGCUCCUUAAGCUCAUCAAUGCCAAGAACACCAUGGAGAUUGGCGUCUACACUGGCUACUCCCUCCUUGCCACUGCUCUGGCUCUUCCAGAAGAUGGCAAGAUACUGGCCAUGGACAUCAACAAAGAAAACUACGAAUUGGGUCUUCCGGUGAUUCAGAAGGCCGGCGUUGCCCACAAAAUCGAUUUCAAAGAGGGACCUGCUCUCCCUGUUCUUGACGAACUCGUUAAAGAUGAAAAGAAUCAUGGGAGCUUCGAUUUCAUAUUCGUGGAUGCGGACAAGGACAACUACCUGAAUUAUCACAAGAGGUUGAUCGAUUUGGUGAAGGUGGGAGGAGUGAUCGGGUACGAUAACACCUUGUGGAAUGGGUCUGUGGUGGCACCACCCGAUGCUCCGCUGAGGAAGUACGUGAGGUACUACAGGGACUUCGUGUUGGAGCUCAACAAGGCUUUGGCUGCGGACCCUAGGAUCGAGAUCUGCAUGCUUCCCGUCGGUGAUGGCAUCACUCUCUGCCGUCGGACCAGCUGAGUUCGUUGUACCCUCUUGCACACCGCGUCAUUUCCCUCUACAGAAGUUUUCUUUAUAAAAGGACUUAAAAAUGUACCGACCUGUAUUUUUUUUCCCCAUUCGUGCCUUUUUAUAUUAUAUUAUAAAAACCUCCUCAAGUUUAUUGUGAAUGCUGACUUGUGUGCUCAGUGGGAAUCGAUACUGGUACUUCAACUGAA